CGGCUGUUGUAGCGAUACUGCAUGAGAGAUGCACCAGAGUCUUAAGCAGUGCGGACGGGGGGCUCGCGCUCCCUACCACCCCGCAUCACCCUCCCAGCGAAUCUCGCUGGACGAGUCUUUGACCCUCUCCGCCAUCAGACCCUGUACGUUCAGCUAGAAGAGCCAUGCACGCCUCACCGCAACGUUUCCUCAUCUCCCUCGUCUUCGGUUGGGCAGUAUUGCGUGGCGCGGAGGCGAGGCCAUCUCUGGGCGUCGCGGUAGAGCUCUCGACAUGCGGCAAUGAAGCAUCAUACUCCAUAGCGGAGGAGUGUAUCUCUACCUGCCAGCCUAUCCUGAACGCUCAGAACUGCUCUAGGAGCGCUGCAUGCACCUGUGCAGCUGCGCGGCCCUCGGCUGUCCAUGCUUGCGUACAGUGUCAGCUCGACGUUAGGUCGAGCGUACUGGCUCUGGUCGUACCCGCGAAACUGAACGAGUACGCAGAACUCUGCGGAGAGGAGCUCACAGCACAGGCUGUGUUACGAUUCGAUGACGACCCAACUCCCGCCUCCAACGCGUCGCUUCAGAGCAGAGAGCUGCUGUCGAGCACGUGUGUCUACGGGGUCCCCGAGAUCGCUACGUCGCCUCUCGCCAUCCUGGAGAGCGGGAAACGUGCAUGGCCAUUCUUCGCCGUCGCUGUCCUCAUGAUGCUCUAUCUAUUCGAACGGCGUUCGCAUAAAUGAGCGCAACCCACUGCGCAUACCCUCCUUCGGACUCCGAUCUCUGUUAUCGUACUGUAUUUCUACGACAUAUUCACCCUGCACUUUGUAUCGCGCGUAACUUAUGCAUCAGGUAUUGUCUUUCACUUCAAUGCGUGCCGAUGUGGCCUCACAACACGAUAUGUUCAACUUCCGCCAUCGCUGCCUCGGU